GUUGAAGUUGAUAAACUUGAAGUGAAUUUCAAUUCUGAAUUCAUUAAAAACUAUGUACAUCGUGAUCAUGAUGUACUAUGUAGCCUACAUCAUGAUCCAGCCAGCUUUUCAGUAAUCUUCCCAGUCCAUGUUGACAUGUUCAGUUAAGCAAAACCUUUUAAGUGGAUGCAUGCAAUGAUAGCCCACCUAAACAUGAAUUAAACCUGUAUACCCACACCAUUGUCUCUGAAACAAAAUACCACAGUGACAUUUUCUUAAACUUUUCAUUUACAUCUUCAUGUUUUCUGAACAAAUUGACUUGCAUGGCAGAUUUUGCUGUCAAACAUUCCUCUCUACAGUAUAGAGGGCAGAAUCAUAAUGCAAUCCUGGUGACGUACCCUUGGACAGUGAUGGCCCUCUUUAUUGGUCUGCUUGGUACAGAAAGGUGCAGUCAGAUGCACUUUGCUCAGGGAGGUUUUUUUUUUUUUUAAAGCUUCCGUUUCCAUGGUUACCUGCGGGCUCCAACGUACGGAUGACAGGAUGGCACGUAUUUGCAGUGGUGAUUCUCAUGCUUUGACUGGACUCGGCAUAUGGCCGUGCUUUUUUCACUGCUCCGGAUAUGAGAUGGGAGACAGCUGUGCCCAAGUCAAUAAAAUUAGGUCUGAGAAGACAGUGAAGUGUCAUGGGAUUGCGUACAUGGCAUUUGUCUUAUCUGUACUCUGGGUAGGGGAAGGAUGGGCCUGGCAGUCGUGGGGAGGGGGCCUGAAGAGUGUUUUCAACAGUGUUGUGUUACCAUGCAACCACCGAAUGGCCUUUAUUUCAAGUCAAAAUGAUCACAAAUAAGUCAAUAGUGGUCAUCCGCUGAUAACAGCAGUAUCACGUCUCUAAAGAAAUUGAUCUCCAAGAGCAUUACUACUGCUGGCGAGUAACUGACUGGUAUUGGUGGGUCGUCUUACCAUCUGUGCUUCUAAAGGGAGGAAGCUGUGAUUAGCUGAGAGGUGAUUGGCUUUGGCACAUCCGUGCUGUCUGAAGAGGAACCAAUGAAUAUCUCUCCAUAUGACAUUGGUGGGACGAGGGCAUCGUGGUCCAAGAUGUCCAACAUCACGGCAGAGUGGUACGAGAUCCUGCAGAGCUGGCACAUGGAGCUCUUCCUCAUCCCGACCGCGGUCUUCACGGCCCUAGCCCUGGUGGCCAACCCCCUGCUGCUGGCCUGCAUCCUGUUCUCCAGGGCCCUGCGGCAGGAGACGCGCUAUCUGCUGCUGGCUAACACCCUGCUGGCUGACACGGUCUUCCUCGCCAUCAACCUGGCCAACCUGGCCUGCAACUCGCUGGCCGUGUGGAUGACGCGCCCGCUGUGUGGCCUGGUCACAGCCGCCUCCGUCACGGCCUACUGCAGCAGCAUCCUCACCAUCACCCUCAUGGCGGCCGACACCUACGCGGCCGUCCGCUGGCCCCUGCACUACCGCAACCGGCUGCCCCCCUCCCGCACCCGCAAGAUCCUGGCGGCGGUGUGGCUGGCGGCGGCCAUGUACCCCGUCUCCCUGAUGAUCGUCAUGGAGGUGGUGGAGGAGGGCGUCCCCUGGAGGCAGGCAGUGUGCCUGGUGCUCCUCUCCUUGAGCUCCAUGGGGGAGGAGAUGAUGGUGGGCCUGCACAUGUAUUUCUUCAUCUGUGCCGCGCUCUGCACCGCCCUCAUCGUGUACUGCUACGCCCGUCUCUACGCCGUCACCAAGACCUCCGGCAUCUGGCAGAGCCGCUACUCCCGCGCCCGGGUGACCCUGCUGUCGCACGCCGUGAUGCUCCUCCUCUACUUCGGCCCCGGCCUGGUCUUCACCGUGGAGCUGGUGCUGUUUCGCCGAAGCAGCGUGAGCCGGGACGUGAGCGUGUGGAUCAACACGGUCAACAUGAGCGUGCUCAUGCCGCUGCCCCGGGCGUGCGCGCCCUUCCUGUACGGUCUGCGGUACCGCGAGGUCUACUACACCCUCCUGGCGCUCUUCCACAGGCGGAGGCUCAGCCAGGUCACGGUGGCAUAGUCCUUCCAGCAUUCUGCCUUCCUGGGUGAAAGUACAUGAACAAGAACUUCAUAAGGUCCCCUUUUCAUUCCUGGUAGUGGCAUCAGCAGUGAUUGCGCAAAAAAAAGCAGUGUGUUUGAACUUCAUCGUUGGUUCAACGCAUUGUUUUUGUAUUGCAUAUCGAGUUGGACAAAAGAUCAUGAUCACUCCUUCCUGCCCCAAGGGUCAAAAUUCCACUUGUUAAUUGAGAACUAGUGUCAUGGCAACCAUAUUUUGUUUCCCUGGAUGUGCCUUCCCUCUCUGCGAAGUAGACAUCAGAGGAGACUCACACAGAUGGCAGUCUUGUGAUAUGACAUGACAUAAAUGAACUUGGAAAUUCUGUCUGAAAAAACUGUUCAGUUACGUCAACCAUUCGGGCCUCAUUAAACUAAAUUUUGAAA